AUGAGGUCUUCACAACGGGAGGUACCGUCGAAAAACGCCUGGUAUCGAUCCACGCUUUGUAUUCUUGGAAUAAAGGGCAAGAGGGGUCUAGAAAGGAUGAAGCGAGUGCCUGCAGUGUGCAGUGCAUGUAUGAUACCGGUAUAUCCCCUACUGAAGAGGGCGCCGUGCCGGUAUUGCGCCCUGAAUACUGCGGUGCGGGUGGAAUUAUUGGAGUUGUCUCUUAGACGUUGCCAGAGAGCGUUCAGGUAUUUUCUCGUUUCCCCCUUCCCUUUCGAUAGCAAUAAGCAAGAUGGCGCGUCGAUCCCUCAUUCCCCAUGGCAGUCGGUGCGGGAAAAUUCUCCGACCGUCCCUGUCACCCCACCUCUUACUCCGAUUGGUGAGAAGCGAUGCACCCCCAUGACGAUCAAGAGAGCAAUGGUUCGGAGUCCACCAUCACCCAUCUGCGCACCUUCUCUCAUCUUCCCUUCCCUCCCCUUCCUAUUUUUUUGUAUUUUUCCCUUCUGUGUGUGUACAAGUAUAGUACUUCGAACGGGCUUGCGGGGGUUAGAGAGACGGAGAAAGAAAGAAAGAGGGAUCGUUUCCUUCAUCAUCUUCGUUUCUGAACCUUUUACAUUUUUCGGCUUCUUAUUCCAGGCCGGGCAACGCCCCCCCUCACCUCCCUCCCCCGAACCCCACAUUCAUUUUUGAGGGUAGAGAGGUCAGGCUGCUUUGGUCCUUCUUGCCCUUGCAUCUUGGCUCGUAUUUUUCCCAUGACAACCCUCAUCGUUGAAUUGGGGAAUCCACAAUUCACUCCAACAGGCACGGUAGUGAGGCUGGCCUGGUCCAAUUGGAUACGGGGGAACAUUGUGUGUGCCUUUUGGUACGUUGUACCGUACAGUAUUACUCCAUACUUGUACCUCCUGUGAUUCAGUUUUGUGCAAUCCCUCACGCAACCUUUUUCCUUACUUUUUUUAUUUAUCUUGUUUCGCAUUCUUGCUGUUUUGGGCAUUUCGUGGGGUUCCCUGCGGGUCCUUUCCGGCCUGUGACACUCUUCUUGGGCUCAUGUUCUCCCUCUUUAGGGCCUGUUCCUUCUUUCUUUCUUCGCAUCAUCGUCACCCACUGCCGCCGAGGUGCACAAGUGUACGAGUAUCAUACCGGCUGGUUCUCCAAAACUGCACGUGAGGGUAGGGCAUCGGAGCGCGUAUUAUUAGACUAUUUUUACUCGAGUAGAGUGGUUUGUUCAGAUCUCGAUUUUCGGAGCCUCUGGGAUAUUUUUCCUUUUCCCCCUCUCUUACAUACGCGCUCCCCGCACACAUUUUUCUUCAUUUUGGAGGGUCUUGUCUGUGUUUGCAUGUGCCUGCUGUCCUGUUCUAUCUAGCGUGUGGGUGGGUGUUCGGAUUGGACGUUCGACGGAUCAACGUUCCCCCUUGUUACUCAAUUGCUCCAGCCCUUUUGACAAUCCGGGGGGGUGCGAGAGGUUUCCAUAUCGAUUUAUACAUUGCUCAUUUGGGGGGGGGAGUGAAUUUUUAUUGUCUUACAGACCCAAAGAACAUUUAUAGGGCGAAUCCGGCUGACUUCCUAGUGUCCACCCCCGCCUGGACAUCUGGUCUAUCUCAUUUGGGAAGAUAUUGGCUCGCAAAAGUGCAGAGGAUUAGAGAGAAACUAUUCCUCAUCAAGAGCAAGUAUUCUGACCCUUCCAAGAAAGUGUUGAAGCCCCUACUCGUACUGUACGCCUCUCCGCUCUCCGCUCCUGGUUAUCGACUUUGCCCUUCUCGUGCCAACUUGGCAUAGGCCAAUUUUUGGUCUGAUGUUGUGCUUCCCCCGAUAGGCAACCAUUUUUGCCCUCCCGGCUCCCCGCAGAAAUCCAUGGGAUCAGAGUAACAGGUUCCUUUUUAUGGAGUCACUCAUUCUCAGCCGUCCUUCUCAACGAGGCUCGUAGCGGAUGAAUAACUAGCCACGUGGGUCAUUAUAUUUACUUGUUUGUGAUCCUACACCCAAUCGUUGUCCGUCUUCCCCCGCGCCCUUCCCCGCAAUAUACUACGGAAUUUUAUAGAACGAGUCUCCUGGUCAGUCGUGAGAGACAGCUAGCAGGGGGGAGGGAGUUUAAUAGUUCCUAGUUUAUUGAAAAAUAAAUUAAUCACGGAGGGACCACACUAUCUUCUUCCGCCUCUCUCCUUCAACCUAUAUUUUGGCAUUUUUUUGUUUUUAUCUUGUCAUCUCUAAAGCUUACUUUUGGUUCACCCCGCAAAACUGAUAAGGAACCCUCUCCCAGAAAGGACCGUCUGAAUAGAUUUGGUUUGUUUCAACUGCUCUGGACGGAAAGGGUGCGGAUAGCAUUACAUUGGGUCCAUACCCUGCUGUUACCUGGAUUCAGUUUCCUAGUGUGCUCUCUAACCCUCGAAUACACGCCAGCGCAUCCCUCUGCUUGGUCCGCCGUAUCGCUGUAAACCAAUUCGCCCCAGAUCUCGCAGGCCAAACCAAAAUUUCCGUGUCGGUUUCCUACUUUGAGGUCUUAUCCCGCCAUUUCACCUUAUUUUACCUCUACUGGGGGAUUACCAUAUAGCACUUGUUAUAAUUGAAGGCUGGAGGGGAGGAGGGUGUGCCUCUGGGCAAUUCUGGCCUCCUACUCUUGCGUAGCGCUUCAGCAUACCUGCUUGUCUGUGGCUUUGGGGGCAGUUGAGUGCCAGAAAUAUUGGCAGGAGUGGGAUAGUAUCUGGAGUGCUAUCUCUAGACUAUUGAAAUUUUGUCAUUUUACCCACCCUAGAACCAAGUUGAGAGUGCAUGUCUUUCGGGGAUCCUUUUUCUUUUAUUUUCACACUCCAUCCACACCCUUCAUUAGAAUCUUAGUAUCUUAGAAGGCCCGGGGGUUUCCAGAGGAUCAUCCGCUUGAGCACGAUCCUGUUUAAGCCCCGGAGAGAUUUUGCCUUACACGGAGGAGUCCCGUGUGGGGUAGUGGGCGGACGUGAGGGAGAGGGUGUUGAUGAGGGUGGGAGCAUAGGGGAAUACCAUAUAGUCAGGAGGCCCAAAUAAUUUUUUGCCGGGAAAAGCGUGUUGAUUCGACUUAGUCUCGGGUUGCACCAACGGAUAUCCGGUAUUGGUACCAUUGCCGGUUAGCGGCCCCUACUUCUCAACCUCGAUACAAUCUCGAGGGCGGAUUAGUGACUACGGUGCUGGCGGAACACAUUUCCACUCAUCACGAUAUGGCAAACUCCGCAGUCCAACUACAUCAUUUACACUCUCCACCCUCCUCAGAUUCUAGAGGGAACCCUAUGUUGCCUUCUCCAACAUCAUUCUACCCCUCCUCGUCUAAUAAGAUGAUGUCGGAGGCUUCGCCCACGAUGACGAGUGCACCUACAACUUCUGGCAAGGCCACUCAUACGUGUCCUUCAUGCUCACGUACAUUCUCUCGAGGCGAGCACCUCGACCGCCACCUAACUACACAUCUUCCGUCAAACACCUCCAAAACCUUUAUCUGCCCUUCUUGUUCAAAAGGAUUCACAAGAAAAGAUGUCCUGACAAGACAUGUUAGGGCUGUCCAUGAAACUAAGCGAUCUGACGUUCGGAAAAGCCGACGGCGAA